GAUUUCAGUAUCGCAGAGAUAUUCGACGUGGACGGUUAAGUGGCGAGAAUUUGCUGCGACUAAAGACCAAUACAUAUACAUAUAUAGACAUAUAUACUUACUAGAUACGAAGCGUAGCAAAGAGCGCCGCGUGUAAAAUGUUAAGUGAAGUGUACUAAAUAAUGAAAAAAAAGCGUUAAAAAAAUUAAAACAAUAAACUAAAAGUUAGUAAAUAUUAGAUAAAAUGCACAUGCAUAGUUGCAGCAACAAUAACAACAAAUAAAACUAAAAAAUUAUUAGAAAAAAAAUUUAAAAAUUAUGCAAAAAAAGUUGAGAAACGCAAGAAAAUGUACUUAAAAUUGCGUGCAGGUGAUGAGUGUGUGUGCCACGCAAACAUUUCAUUAAAAUAUCUUGGCGAUGUGAAAAUUUUCCAAGAUUUAAGGAAUGAGAGUGAAUUUUGAAUUGAACAUUACCGCUUAGUUAAAAUUCAGCUCAAUUUACUUGAAAAAAAAGAUCUAAAAGCUCACAAAAACGACAACAAAAAUCCAGCAAAAAACAUUAAAUAAACAAAACCAACAACCAACAAAAUCUUCAUCGAAUUAAUUAAAACGACGAGUGGUAGUUGAGUCAGUGAGUUGCGAAAUUCAACGAAAGCUAUUAUGAAAGUGCAUACAACAACAAGUCAAUUGGAGUUUUUAAUAUUAUUAAAAUCCAAAGCAAAAAUCAAAACAAAAGCAUUGCAGCAACAACAGCUGCAUCAGCAGUCACGGCAGCCACAAAAGCAGCUGUUAAUUAAAUUUCCAAGGAAACAGCAAAAGCAAAAUCAACAAAAGUUGCAAACAAAACAAACCAUAAGCGCGGCUGCAUUUAAAACGCUUAAGCAACAACAAGCAGCAGGGAAACAAAAACAAACACGACAAACACAAAAACAACAACCAGAAAAUCAACAACAACAUCAACGCUACAACAAGCGCAAGCACUUAUUGCUGCUGCUCAACCAACAUCCUCCGCUGCAAUUGUGCCAUAGCAAAUUGGCUUUCAUAGCGCUGGCACAUUACUGGCUACAACAAAAAUCCGCGACACCGGUCAACGACGCAGUCGAUACAGUGCCCGGUAGUAAAUCAAAAUUAAAUUCUUUAAAACGGAGGGACUAACAUUCGCAUUGCUGGCGGGCCCCAUGGGCCAGGCUGCAAGUAUGUGCCGAUUUCGUGGAUGUCGCUACAAAAAGAAUAAGUCUAAUAAGAAUACAACAACAACGACGCAAGCAACAACAGCCGCAACUGAAGAAGCAGCAGCAGUGGCGCAAGCAGAGGUGGCAUCAGAGGCAGCAGCAACAACGGCCGAUACAACAACAACGGCUGCAGCAGCAGCAGCAGCGGCAGAACAGAUUGCAACGAGUACGGCGACUAGUACGCCGGUGUCAGGCCUGCAGCUGCGAAGCAUUGAAGAGCCAAGCGCGCAGUGUCAAACACAAACACACACCUACCAUCAUCAUCAGAAUCUUACCGGCAGAAUGCCUGCGGCGGAGCAGGGGGGCACAGGGUGCGUAACAUUGGAUAGCGCUAAUGCGUUAAGUCCACGUACCGGUGUCCCCCUGCAGCUGCAACCUACGCCACAUCAAUACCAGCAUCAGCUUCCGCUUCAGCAUCAGCAACAGCAACAACAAAACCUACACACCAUGCAACAUACGACACAGAAGGGCUACGAUGCCGAACAAGCGCGCAUGGAAGCGUGGAUGGAUGAGAAUCAAGAAUUUAUACAGGAUUAUUUUAUAAGAAAGGCCACACGACAGGUGGUUGAUGCCUGGCUCGUUUCACAUGCCACCUCAGCUGGAAAUGAUGUCUCUUUGACUGGCUCACCUACACACACCAACGGACAAAGUUGCUCAUCGCGUGGUGGUUCCGGAGCGACAACGCCUGUGAGAAAAAUUUCAGCGCAUGAAUUUGAACGUGGCGGUCUACUGAAGCCAAUUGUCAACACCAUUGACGGUACACCGACAUUCUUAAGUAUAGGCACACAAAAUGAUUGCUCGUCAAAUAACAACAGCAAUAUUGGUGGCAGUAAUGGCAAUAAUGUCGGCGGCGCAGGCGGUGGUAACUGUAACAACAGCAAUGGCACAACGGGCACAAUGGGUGCUCAUCACUAUCAUCACCAUCAUCAUCAUCAUGGACAGACGGCGCACGGCAGUAUGGGCUACUAUCGGCCACAGCGUUUGUCACGCAACGAAUUGAAGGCUUUGGAUGAGAAGGAGCUAAUUUUUGAACUGGUAAAGGAUAUCUGCAAUGAACUGGAAGUGCGUACAUUGUGUCACAAAAUCCUGCAGAACGUGUCAAUAUUAUUGAAUGCCGAUCGUGGCUCAUUGUUUUUGGUGCAAGGACGUUGCAGUACCGGCAUUGAUGGACCCAAGAAAUGUCUCGUUUCCAAAUUGUUCGACGUUUGUCCACGCAGCACCGUGGAAGAGAUGGAACAGCAGGAAGAAGUGCGCGUUGCUUGGGGCACUGGCAUUGCAGGACAUGUGGCUGAGAGCGGUGAACCAGUGAAUAUACCAGAUGCGUAUCAGGAUGAGCGCUUCAAUGGUGAAAUCGACAGCAUAACUGGCUAUCGGACAAAAGCGUUACUUUGCAUGCCCAUUAAGGAUUCAUCGGGCGAUGUCAUCGGUGUGGCGCAGGUCAUUAAUAAAUUAAAUGGUGAAUGCUUCACAGAGGCCGACGAGAAGGUCUUCGCUUCCUAUCUGCAAUUCUGUGGCAUUGGCCUGCGUAACGCUCAGCUUUACGAGAAAUCUCAGCUGGAAAUUAAGCGUAAUCAAGUGUUACUCGAUUUGGCGCGUAUGAUCUUCGAGGAACAGAGCACAAUUGAGCACAUGGUAUUCCGUAUACUCACACACAUGCAGAGCCUCAUACAAUGUCAGCGCGUACAGAUUUUGCUGCUGCACGAGGCGUCGAAGGGCAGCUUCUCGCGCGUAUUCGAUUUUGAAGCGAACGAUCUCAGUCACGAGGAGAAUACGUCACGGACGAGUCCGCAUGAGUCACGAUUCCCCAUAAAUGUGGGCAUCACCGGCUAUGUGGCGACAACUGGUGAGACUGUAAAUAUACCAAACGCUUACGAAGAUGAUCGCUUCGAUGCCAGCGUUGAUGCUGAGGGAAAUUUCAAGCAUAAGUCCAUUUUGUGUAUGGCAAUAAAGAACUCGCUCGGCCAAAUUAUUGGCGUCAUACAGCUAAUAAACAAAUUUGAUGAUCUGAACUUUACCAAAAACGAUGAGAAUUUCGUCGAAGCCUUCGCCAUCUUCUGCGGCAUGGGCAUACACAAUACACACAUGUACGAGAAGGCAAUUGUGGCUAUGGCCAAGCAAAGUGUCACAUUGGAAGUGUUGAGCUAUCAUGCAUCGGCGACCAUGGAUGAAGCGCAUCGGCUGAGGCGAUUACGCGUACCCUCUGCAGCCCAUUUUCGCUUACACGAUUUUCGCUUCGAUGAUAUACAUUUUGAAGAUGACGAUACGUUGAAGGCCUGCCUUCGCAUGUUCCUCGAUUUGGACUUUGUUGAACGUUUUCACAUUGACUACGAGGUGCUUUGCCGUUGGCUGCUGAGCGUUAAGAAGAAUUAUCGCAAUGUUACUUAUCAUAAUUGGCGACAUGCCUUCAAUGUGGCUCAAAUGAUGUUUGCCAUACUAACGAUUUCCCAUAAUGGACAGGCGACGCAGUGGUGGAAGAUUUUCGGCGAAAUCGAAUGUUUGGCAUUGAUCAUCGGUUGCUUGUGUCACGAUUUGGAUCAUCGGGGGACUAAUAACUCAUUCCAAAUCAAAGCCUCCUCACCAUUGGCUCAACUAUAUUCGACAUCCACAAUGGAACAUCAUCAUUUCGAUCAGUGUUUAAUGAUUUUGAACAGCCCUGGCAAUCAAAUAUUAGCCAAUCUGUCAUCUGAUGAUUACUGCCGGGUUAUACGGGUAUUAGAGGAUGCCAUUUUAUCAACAGAUUUGGCGGUGUAUUUUAGAAAACGCGGCCCAUUUCUGCAAUCCGUACAAGAACAACCGCUCAGCUAUUGGGAGGCUGACGAACCCCGUGCUCUGCUACGUGCUAUGAGCAUGACUGUCUGUGAUUUAUCGGCCAUUACGAAACCAUGGGACAUUGAGAAACGUGUGGCCGAUUUAGUGAGCUCGGAAUUCUUCGAGCAAGGCGAUAUGGAGAAACAGGAAUUGAAUAUAAUGCCCAUUGACAUUAUGAAUCGCGAGAAGGAGGAUGAAUUGCCGAUGAUGCAAGUUAAUUUCAUUGAGUCAAUAUGCUUGCCAAUUUACGAGGCUUUUGCAAACCUCUCCGACAAACUGGAGCCACUGGUCGAAGGUGUGCGCGAUAACCGCGAGCAUUGGAUCGAAUUGGCACAACAAGUACAAAAUAAAGAGAAAGCAGCAAUUAGCAGCACCAAUGGUGCCGUCGACACCACAAAGCAGAAUGGCUGCAUUUCCGAUGGACGCAGCGAUGUGACUGAUGACUUAGGUACGACGACAACCAUUGUCAAUUGUGACAGCAACGCCGAUGAUGGCAUAUCAACAGGCGCUGAGUGCGAGACAGAUGAACAAAUCGAUGGUAAAAAUACAAAAAACAACAGCAACGACGACGAUGAUAACGACGAAGAAGAUGAGCACUUGUGUGCAGAGGAAGAAGAGGCAGGUAUUGAAGCGGAUGAUGAUGAUUCGGAUAUGGAGGCGUCACAUCACUCCAACGGCUGCUUCUCAUCUGGUUCGAGUCGAUUGAGCACGCCACCACCCACAGGCGAAGACGACAGCGUACCCACCUCACCGGCUAAAAUGACGCAGGCCAAGUUAAUUGCCGCAAAUUUGAAUAGUUUGAAUCAACGGACACUAAAGUCAACGAGCAACUGCUGUCGCAGCUGUGAGUAUGCGCGCUGCAGUAGUAAUAUGCGCAAGGCCUCCUCGCUCAAGGGUACCAAAGAAUUGCAACAACAACUGAGCGCACAAGCACAAAAUGGAGGCGGCAGUUCUGGCUAUCACAGUCGUAGUACACCCUCAAUGAAUAUGACGACGACAACGACAACGACGGCGAAUACAUCAAAUGGCGCGCAACAAAAUCACAGCAGCAAUACACAUCAUCAUCAUCAUCAUCACCACCACCACCACCGUCGUCAUAGUCACCACCACUACCAUCACCAUCAUCACCUCCACAGUAAUCAGCAUUCGACGCAUAGUGGCAAUGGUGGCGGCGGCGGCGGCGUUGGUGGUGGCGGCACGGGUACCGGCAACACAUCGAGCGGCGCCGAAAGUGAUAGAAUACCAAAAAUAGUCGGUAAGCUGGGUAAUAUCGAUAGUCUGCAAUAUCUCGCAGAUGGUGGCAAUGGCGCUGCCGAGGCGCUACUCCAUGCCAAUGCUGGUAGUGGUACACCAAAUGGCAUUGCAUUCACACCAAAUGGUCAUGUCACCUAUUUUGCUGCCAGUGAUGUGCCCGCGUUGACAACAGCGGCGAGUGUUGUGGCACCGGUGGUAGCGGCGGCAGUGACACCUACAAUGGCAGCGACGGCGGCGACAAGCGCAUGUGAUAAAUGAAGAGUUUGAGGAGUACUCUAAGCGAAAGUUUUAGAAGAUUUGAGUUCUUUUAAUAUAAAAGCUAGCCUAACUACAAGUAGUAUGUAUGUAUUAUUAGCUGUAAUUGAGAUACGGACGUUUACAUAGAUACUUUCGUUGGUUGCUGACGGUCAAUGGGUGCAUUGCUCUCUGAUCGACGACACAAAUAUAAAAUCCUUUUGUAUUAGUGAAGUACGUACAUACAUAUGUAUGUAUAUUGUGAGUCAAGUAGGGGCUAAGUACUGGCUGGUGAUUUUAACGUAUAAAACUAGUACGUAAAACGCUUAAACGACUUUAAUUGCAUCGUCUGAAUUAGGAUGAAGAAGCUUUGAAAAAUAUUGCCGGUACUUUGAUUUCAAUUAAAAACUUAUUAAGAUCCUAAAUUGUAGCAGAAAUCUA